AUGCUAAGAAGGUUAGAUAUUUAUAUACGCCCAUUCUUUUCCCGGAGGAUCUGCGCCAAUCACUUCCUGCGGGAUGUCUCUAAAGAGGACACCCAAAGAUUAUCAUCUUUUCGAUGCUUCUCAACGACGAGAGAUGAACAGGUAGAAGCAGCCGAGGGUUCUUCAUCUAACCUGUACGACAUUACACCUUGGACGUUGCAGGAAGUUGAGGAGCUUUUUGAGGCCGUGGAGAAACAUGGUCGACGCUGGACCUACAUUUCGAAAAACCAUUUUCAUUCGAAAAGACCGGCGUCCGAGUUAAAGCGAAAAUGGAUAGAUCAUCAAAACAUAAAAGACAAUGUUCCCUAUCACAAUUACUGGACUGCCGAAGAGGACGAGAAACUUAGGAAAGGUGUUGAAGAUUUUGGGACAGGUAAAUGGAAGAAAAUUCAGGAAAAUUUUUUACCAAAUAAAUCGGAGAAUCAAAUAGUCAACAGAUGGCUGAUCAUCUCAAAAACGAAGCGCGGAAAAUGGAAUAAGGAGGAGGAUCAAAUUAUGCUCGAUUUUAUUGAAAGUAAUGGGAAGAAAUGGAAUGAAGUGAGUCAUAUACUUGGACGUCCAUCAGCCGACGUCUACAGAAGGUAUCAUCUCAUAAUACGUAAGCCUUGGACCGAACACGAGAAAAAGAUGCUCUUCGAUUCCAUUAAAACGUAUGGGUACGACUGGACGAAAAUCAUGACGAACUUCCCCGACAGAAAGUUGGUGGAAGUAAAACAAUAUCACAAUUUUCAUCCGGCCACGAACCCAAACGUAAAAGUGGGUCGCUGGACGCUUGACGAGGUAGAGAGGCUGAAAAGGUCCAUCGAAGUAAACGGAAAGAAAUGGCUUCUGGUAGCAAAGGAUGUCGGAUCAAGGACCAAUUGUCAAUGUCAAGCGUACUGGAGAAAUCAUAUUCAAAAAUCUGACGAGAAAGCAUACAGACUUGUCCAGAUCGAGUGA